CCCGCCCCCUCCCCUCCGCGGGGCCUCCCCCGCUCGCGCGGUACAGCUGGGUCAGUGACGCUGGCGCUGCAGCCGCCGCUACCGCCGCGUUCUAUUCUCCGAAGCCGGCGACCGCCCCGCCGCCUCCCUCCCUCCUGCCCGCUUCCUCUGCCCACAGCGCCAGAGCGAGCUAGACAAGGGCACGCGGGGCCUCGCCUAGACCCGAGAAGGCUGCGGGCGCGCGCAGGCGGCGGCGUGGAAGCGGUGAGCGCCCCCAUCCCGGAGGUCUCCGCCGGCUCCCGGGUGAAUUGGCUCCCAGCCGACUUUAGGAUUCUUCUGGAUUUUAAAUUUUUUCUUUUCAAAAAAACUUGGACGGAUAAAAGAUGUGCCAUGGCAGGAUAGCACCAAAGAGCACCUCAGUGUUUGCCGUGGCCUCCGUGGGACAUGGAGUGUUCCUUCCGCUGGUGAUCCUUUGCACCCUGCUUGGAGACGGACUUGCUUCCGUGUGCCCCCUACCACCGGAGCCAGAGAAUGGUGGCUACAUCUGCCACCCCCGGCCCUGCAGAGACCCCCUGACAGCGGGCAGUGUCAUCGAAUACCUGUGUGCUGAAGGCUACAUGUUGAAGGGCGAUUACAAAUACCUGACGUGUAAGAAUGGCGAGUGGAAACCAGCCAUGGAGAUUAGCUGCCAUCUCAAUGAGGAUAAAGACACCCACACAUCACUUGGGGUCCCCACGCUGUCUAUAGUGGCUUCUACUGCCAGCUCCGUGGCGCUUAUUCUCCUCCUGGUGGUGCUGUUUGUGCUGCUGCAGCCAAAGCUGAAGUCUUUCCAUCAUAGCAGGCGUGACCAGGGGGUAUCUGGGGACCAGGUCUCCAUCAUGGUGGAUGGAGUCCAGGUUGCACUGCCAUCAUACGAGGAGGCUGUAUAUGGCAGUUCUGGUCACUGUGUGCCACCCGCUGACCCCAGAGUACAGAUUGUGCUGUCAGAAGGGUCUGGGCCCAGUGGGAGGAGUGUGCCAAGGGAGCAACAGCUGCCGGACCAGGGGGCCUGCUCCUCUGCAAGUGGAGAGGAUGAGGCCCCAGGCCAGUCUGGACUAUGUGAAGCCCGGGGCUCUCGGGGCUCAGAGACUGUGAUGGUGCAUCAGGCAACCACCUCUUCCUGGGUGGCCGGCUCAGGGAACCGCCAACUGGCACACAAAGAAACCGCAGAUUCAGAGAACAGUGACAUACAAAGCCUUUUAUCCCUCACGUCAGAGGAGUACACAGAUGAUAUUCCACUGUUGAAAGAAGCAUGAGGGCAGCGGCCAGCCUUUCCUCUCUGCGAGGUUCUCUCAGCCCUUCCUCCCUCUCCCUGUGGGAUUGAGCACCCUGUACUCCCCACCCACCUUACCUGGAUUACCUGAGCUGCCACCUGUGUAUCUGUUAUCUCUGAGGGCCCUAUAGGCCCACCUUGCUGGAAACUCAAGGAAGAUUCUCGCCAUCUGCCUGUUGGACAGCUGGAGGAGCUGGCUCUUUGCCUGGCCCCGCCUUCCCAUCUGUCAGAGACAUAUUUGAAUGUGCUGGAUCGAACCCUCCCUUUUCCUAAGCCUCUGGGUCCCCUCCAGCCAGCUCUUUGGCGGCAGCCCCCACGAGCUCCUGUGGGCCUGAGUGCUGCUGUGUUUACUUGUGCCUUUCCCCCACCCUGUCCAGUUUCCCUGUCAUGCAGGCUUGUUGCUGUCCACAAGCCUUAGUGGCUACACUGCUGCCCCCUGCCACACAGGGGGCCGGGCCUGGGUCUGUCCUGUUUCCUUUGAGGGCUGCCCCUACUGCCCUUUGUAGGAGCAGAUCCAGGUGUGAGAGCUCUUGAGUCAGGAGUGGCAGAAGUGACUCUAACUGGGGUGAGAGUGUAGUCCCUGGGCUUGCCCUGGGUUGACCCUGGUGGCACGUUUCCUUGGCCGAGGAUGGAAGAUUUGGAAAAUCAUGCCCACGUUGGCCCAGGACCCAGCCAUCUGACCCAAAGGCGCAAGCUCCUGGCCCUGUUGAGUUGAGAGUUUCCAAGAAGCAUCCAGAAGAUCCCAAGGGAGAGAAGGAAAAUGGCUGAUAAUGAUUGUCUUCCUAAUAUGCAAGUUCUCACUUCCUACUUCCAGCAUCGGCCUUCCUGGCCUUGUCUUUUUUUUUUGUUUCCCUGGAGUAUAAGGGGAAGUUGCAUGCUGCCUCCUGGGUUUUAUCCCAGAUAGCUGUGGCUUUCUUGCCGCUCACAGGGGCCUGGGGCAGGAAGGAGAGUUGCUGAGAUGCCAUGGAGUGCCCAUCUGGUCACUGGCAGUCUGGGCAGGUUGCCCCUUUCUGGGUUUGUGGUGACGGAGGGGAGGCCGAGAGGCACAGACCGAGUUCCCGGGUGGCUGCAGGCAGCUCCAGCCCGGUCCUGAGGAUCCUCCUCACCAUGGUCACGUGCCUUAGUAACUGUGCCCAGGAAGUGGCCUGCUGCUUGCUGUGCUGCUGCUUUUCCUACUUCUGCCCUUCCCUGCCACCCCUCGCAUGUCACAGCUGACAAGCGAUUCCUUGUCUUCCCUGGCCCCCUGGGGGAAGGGCUGAGAAACAGUCCAUGUGCACCCCGACCCUAAUGGCCUGAGGUGGGCAGAGGGGUGUGGAGCAGCCUGGAGUACAGGGCCCUGGGGGAGGAGCCCGCUGAUGAGGGGCGCUUUCCCAUAGCCAUGUGUUGAAUGCUAACUAGGCUGGGGUGGACGAACUCUGCCAGCUGCUGUCAUCUUCAGAAGAUAGACGCAGCAGUAAGGAAUGUUUGUUUCGCUUUUUUGUGAAAUUUUCUGAAGCACUGUGGCUGGGAAACUUCGAAGUGGACUCUGUGCUGCAUGUCUGCUCCUCCCCUGAGCCUCUCCGCUUGGGGGUGGUAAAAAUAAAAAUCCUAGUAUAUUUUCAGUACCUUUCCUAACAGGGUUGGCUCCAGGCGUGGGUGGCCUAGAAGAUGAGGGGAGUGGUCUUCUCCCAGCCUGUUACCCUCUUGCCUCUUGCCUCCUGCCUCCGCGCUUACACACGCACUUUACCACCCGGUCAUUCCCUGGCCUCUUGCUGCCACUUGUAGUCUUCCUUCUUUCCUCUCAGGGUAAGGGCAGUGCCUGCUGUGCCUGUUGGCCACUCCCACACUUCCCCUCCCCCAGGAGCCCUCAUCUGCUGUGCUGAGUCCAGGAAAGCAUAGUUAGGUAGGGAGCUGGUUAGAGAAGGUGCUGGAACUAGAAGGCAGAUGAGACUAGCAUGGGCCCACCUGGAGGGGUGUCCCUAAUGGCCCCAGUCGCCUUACCACACCCACAGCAGUGCCCUUGUCUUCCUCCAAAACAGAAAGCAGGGACAAAAGGGGGAGGGGUGGUAAUCCGAAGUCUCACUGCUGAGCCUUCAGCUUUUGUUUUUCACUGUUUCACAACCCGAAUUCUAUUCUAGAAUGGUUUUUAAAAUGGAAGAUCUUACCUUUUUCUAUCUUGUUACUCUGGGGUCUUGUCCCCCUAAGAGAUUGCACUUUUUGUUUGGGGUUUAUUCAGCUGCAUAGAUGACCAGCGUGAUCCCUGGUGAAAUGAAAAGCCUUCCUUCUCCUGAAGCCUCUUUCCGCCCUGCCCUCCUCUAACAACACUGAGGAGCACAAGCCCAGGCUUGCCCACCUGGUAGGAAAGGAAGAAAUUAGAACAAUGGGAGCCUGGGCUCCCCUCUCGUCUCCUCCCCUCCUUCUUGUCACUGGCUUUGAUGAGGCCCACUUCCCAGAGCCUCCUGGGCCUGUGAGUGCAGGAGCUCGUUCUCCCCUCACUGCUGAAGUCUGUGACAGCUUCUUCCCCCAGUUAUUUCUCUUUCUUCCAAAGCAAUUUCUUAACCAUCAGCCAUGUGCUGCUAUUUCUAGGGCUUCUGGGCUUUGUCUCUUACUGAGAGAUUAGGGAAUCCACAGCUGCCUUGAGGUGGGGCCUGGCUGAGAGACAAGGGCAGCGGCAGGUGGCAGCCUGUUAGAAGACAGGCUGCCUGAGGAGCCUGGAGCAGGUGGAAACAGGUGGAAGAAACCGGCCACAGCCCUGCUUUCCUGGGCUAACCUCUAGGGCAUUCCAGCAGGAGGCUGAUGCAGGAGAAUGGCCAGCACCAAAGGACAUUUAAAAGAGUUUUUGGGUUUUUUUGUUUGUUUGUUGUUGGUUUUUUUGUUUUGUUUUUUGUUUUUUGUUUUUUUUUGCACACUUGAGCUGACUCAGUGCAGGUUUAAUAUCCUGGUGACUUGCAGUCACAUUCUAAUGACUUUCAAGGGCCAGAAUAUGGUGAAAAUCACUUAAAAUAUCCGUCCCUUCCAUGCCUUAGUUUAGCAGGUAGGCUCUAUCUUUUGCCAUUUCUGUAUUUUAUGUGCUGUGUUCCCGUUUCACUGGGUAUGAACUGUGAAAUGGACUGAAUCCUGGCCACUUUAUGAGUUUGUUUGGUUUUAUAAGGCAUUUCAAUGUACAUUCUAUAAAUACAAGCACUCCAUUUGCAAACAGAUCUUAAGCUAAUAUUUUCUUUCCCAUUCAUCUUGCCCUCCCCCUCCUCCCGCCAGCUUUAAAGUUCAGUGGAGAAGCCAGAUGGCAAUUCAGACAAAGGUAUACUCUUCCUGCUUCAUGGGUGGUGGCACGGGAAUAGAUAGCCCUUAGCCCUUUCCCUCCCAGUCCCAGUUGAGCUCUCAAACCACUUGCUUCCUGCAUAACAAUGUCGCCUCCAUUUCUGAGGAACAUCCUUGCGUAGAGAAUGAAAUACGCUGCAAUCAUUUCUGCAUCCUUACUCCUCACCCCCAAACAAAAAAAAGGCCUAGCAGGGAAGCAGCAUGCAGGCUUCACAGCUUAAUGCCAAGGACAGCGAGUGAGGCUGGGAGCUUCUCUUGGGCCUGCUGGGUCUGUCAGCUCUCAGAAUAGGGACAGUCAUUACUGGUGCCCCAAGGUGGGACUUGGAGAAUAUUUUGCUUGGCAUAUGUUUGGUCUGAAUGGUGUAGUUGCUGGUUCCCUAGAGAGGAAAAGGUGGCAGGCCCAGCUUUGCUGGGAAAUGGCUCUUAAUUUCCAGUUGAAAUCCUAGUAGAAUUGUGAAUGAUAACCUCAAGGUUGAGCUCCUCUGCCAAGCAGCAGAGCUAGUAGAAGGGGGUGCAGGGGCAAAGCACUCAGUUGCCAAGCAAGGAGGAGAGAUGUAUGUGGGCUGUGUGGCAGUCCCCACACCCUGCCCUGGCUUCUUCAGGUUAUCGCACCACUAUGGAAUCCUUUGCAGAAUGGUACUCAUAUAAUGGUUUAAAACAACACAUUCAUAAUUGACUCUGUGCAGGAUGUCACUCAAUCAGUUUGAGUUUGCUUUAUUUUAUUUUAUAUAUAUAUUUUUUGGUAUCCUGUACAUUGCAGUGGGUGUGAAGAUAGUAUUUUAAUAUUUGUACAAAGUUUAAUUUAAUUUUAAUUGUUCUAUGUAUAUAACUGCAUUUCUAAAUAAUUAAAAAAAAGUUCUUAUGAAGGCAA